AUGGCCACGCCCGUGAAGGGAGGAAUCCCGCCGAUGUCCCCGGGCGCGGGCAACGCCGUGUAUCCGGUGACCCUCAACUCCGAUACCAUGCCGCGCGACGUCCUCAUCGCCAUCAGGCAGCGUCGCAGGCACGACCUCCCCAGCCGGGUCUCCGUCUGCUGCCUACCCAUCCAAUGGGACGACGCCUACGAGUUCACGGCGCCAAAACCGCGUCAGUGGUGGCGGCGGUUGAUGUUGUACCUGGGAUGCGCGAACAACGACUAUGGCGGCACGAUGUUCGACAUAAUCGACGGCCUCUACGAGGAAGGAAAGAUCAACAGGACGCAGAUGGGGCAGCUCGAGGCGCUGGUCCGCGUCGCCAUGGGGUGCCAGUUCAAAGCGGAGCAGGACAUCGGAAAGCACAUCAUACUCGGCAUGGUCGCCGCCAUAUGCGGCGCGGUCGUGCCCGUGGUGGUCGGCAUCCAGACCACGAUGCAGGACCAGCAGAUGGCGCACUACCUCUCCUACUUUGCAAUCGUCCUGUCCCUGGUCCAGACAGUCGCCGUCACGCUCAGUACGGUGGGCAACUACUCGCAGUCCGCGAUGUCGCGCCGGAUGACCGCCGCGGAGAUCAAAGCGGAGAUUUACAAGUUCGAGGCAUUGGCGGGCGAGUACUCAGAACCGCAGUCCCACAGCGCGCAGUUCGGCAAGCUCAUGUUCCAUCUGGCGGAGUUCAGGCAGAAGGCUGUGGAGAUCCAAUACGCCGCGCGGAGCGGCGGGUCGGACAAGAAGGGCGACGAGAAGGCCGAGCGCAAGAAGGCGGACACGGAGAUGAAAGCCUCGGGCAAUCGCGGGGUGUGA